GCUUUCCCUCUCCCAAUCCCCUCGUCACAAAAUUCAGACCUUUGGCAGCCACAAACAAUUCUCACUCUUGAGAGAGGGAAAGGGAAAGGGAAAGCGGAAUGGAGGUCCCAGCAGCAUUCCAUCCCUAUUCCGGCAACUUUUUCUUCCCAUCCGCUCAUCUCCUCCCUUAUCAUUUCGUCCCCGAAAACUACGUCCACUGGACUCAAACCCCUGAAUCCCACAUUUACUCUGCUGACAUCCCAGGCGUGCGGAAAGAAGAAAUAAGAGUGGAAGUGGAGGAUUCAAGAUACCUCAUCAUAAGAACUGAGGCGGCGAAUGAGUCCACAGAAGAACCCUACAGGAGCUUCAAUAGGAAAUUCCGGCUGCCGGGGCAAGUCGAUGUUGAUGGAAUCGCAGCAGAGUAUGUCGCCGGAGUCUUGACGGUUACGGUGCCAAGAUCCUUCGUCAGAAGGGGAUUUUUCAUCGAUCCUGCUGACAUGCCUGACAGGAUGCAUCAUCUUGCAAGAGCUGCUUGAUUAUAGCAUAGUAUACUUACAUUCUUAGUACUUUGGAUGUGUUGAGGUAAGAAGUUCUGUUGUACCAACAUUAGGUUCUUGCCUUGUUGGAUUGAAAUGUACUAAGUUCUUUGAGUUUGAUUGUUGGAGAAAAAAAAAAAUCUGUAUUAUAUUCAUAUAUACUCUUUAUUGGUCCAACUUUAAUUUCAAGUUAUAUGCA